AUGUCUUCCUCUGCUAGUAAAACGCCACGUCAUACAAUGCGAGGCCAUACCGACUGGAUAAGCGGUAUCGUACACUUGCAGGGCGGACGACACAUCGUAACAUGUUCGUUGGACGGCUCACUCCGACUAUGGAGCUUAGAGAGCGGCGUACAGAUAGGUGAGGACUGGCGGGACGGGAAUAAUGCAGUGCGGUCUAUAGCACUGUCUCCAAAUGGAAAGACAAUUGCAAGCGGAAGCGAGGACGGGAAAGUGAGGUUGUGGGACGUCAAAACAAAAAAGGUCAUUGCAAAAUGGAUGGGACACACCAAUGUUGUGUGUGCAUUGUGCUGGAGUGCAGAUGGCGAGCGACUAGCGAGUGGAUCCUGGGAUGGGACGACAAGAGUCUGGGAUGUUGACAGCAGCAAAACUGUCCUGACAAUCGAGACCGGGCAUGAUUGGGUGUAUGCGGUGAUGUACUCGCCUGACUCUUCAAAACUUGCGACGAGCGGUUAUAAGGAGAGCGCUGUGCAUAUCUGGAAUGCGAAGACAGGCGAACGUCUCAAGACACUUGAAACAUCUGAAACACACAGCUGGGCUUUCGGCUUGGCAUGGACGUCGGAUGGAAGCAAGCUUCUCUGCAGUUCAUAUAGCCCGAUUAGGAUAUUCGACACUGCCACUUGGCAGCAGAUUGCCACGCUUGAAGACGGUCACAGUGACGUUGUCUUCGCCAUCUCCUUAUCUCACUGGGGCACCCGCCUCCUUGCAAGUGCAUCAUGGGAUAAAACAGUGCGUUUAUGGGAUCCUCAGACCAAACGCCCAGUCGGACCACCCCUACAGCACAAAUGGGGUUUGCGCUCUGCAGCCCUUUCCCCUGAUGGAAAGACGCUAGUCACUGCUUGCGAAAACAAGAACGUGUACGUAUGGGACGUUCAUGCCAUCCUCAACUUGAAAGAAGCUGGCCCUGAAAACCUACUAUCCAAAAAUAAUUCAAGAAUACAGCGCAUAUUCCGCUCUUUGCUCGAUGGCAAGUCAUUUUUGGAAGCUGAUGUUACGCAAUAUCCCGACCAGUUGGGUGGACUCGAACACAACACAUCUCAAGGCGGUUCAGACAUACAGCACACACUGCCCUCUUCGCUCGAUAGCAAGUCGUUUUUGGAAGCUGAUGCUACGCAAUAUUCUGACCAGUUUGGUGGUGUCAAUGAGCUCUCACCAACGUUUUUUGACGGCAUGGAAGCCGAUGUUAAUUCCUCUCCAAUUGGUACACACCCUCAUUCCUCCGUAAAUGCACUCCUUUCAUCGCUCCUCCACCGCUUUCGACACAAAAAUGGUGAAGCGACUGAACUUCCGGAACCCUCCACGCCUUCGCGGUUAGAUCCGCAUGUGCUCCUAGCUCGCCUUUCCUCAUUUUUACCUCGACCUCGGCCCAGAACUGAUGAAGAAGCCGAACCUCAUACCACAACGCCUUUCAGUUUGCGUCCAGAUGCACUUUUCAGUCGGUUGUCCUCACAUUUCCGCUCUCAACCCCACACCAACGAGAAAAUCGAACCGCAACGCUCAAGCCGUCCUCAUGUUGUCGAAGUGGCUCCAAUACGGGACAAGCAGUCUUUGGUUGUCGCUCGGGGGCCAAAUUUCAUGAAAGCAAAACGAGCAUAUGAGCAAACCCAAUCAUAUGGCCAACCCCAGGCGUCGUCAUCGCACAGUCAGCCUACCGAUGCCUCGGGACCCGCGAAACCUCCUGUUCCAGGUGCUAGCACUGCCACAGCAGUCUUGCUAUCUCUUUCACCAGUGCCCCUCCUGGCACAGGAUAAAUGCAGCGCCACCAAGCACCAUUGCGAGAUGAAUGUCUUUAGUCCACUUGGACUCGUUGCAGACCCACGCAGCAACACUCUGCGUACUGUCUCGCCUCCUUCGAAUCUUGACGCUUUGAUCUGCAACACCAAGCUCAACAAGACCUCAAAUCAUGUCUAA